CAUUAGUCCAGAGUAUCGAGCACGUUCGAGCACAUUUGCAACUCCUCUCGAUGGCACAGGUCGUGGGGCCGACAAGAUGUUGGCCAGGCCAAGGCGACAGGGGGCUACACGAAAGACAGCGUCCCACAUGUCCAGAGGUGUAUUGUAGACUCACUAUACUUGACCUCGCUUCAACGGUCGCGAUUUCAUCCUGAAGUUCAUUGUCGUCUGGAGCAUUCGUUUGAGAAAUUGGUAUACUUCUUCCUUCAACCGCAACCAUGUUGGACCCAAGGCAUAUUCAGAAUAUGAGCGACGCCAAAACCCUCCAGCACCAUUGGGGUUACGCGGACAGAGCCGUGCCUUGUACCAAUGAUGCAGGUUCGUGCAGCUAUCUAGACAGUGUGUAUCACUCCCACGACCUGGGUAUGCUGUAUUGUGGUAUUCUUUGGGCAACCAUUCUGGGAAUCUUCUUUAUCUGGGCCGUGGCGCGGCGCCUCUCAUCAGCGUCGCAGAAGUCACCAAACACGGUACGCCGCGUUCAGAGGACAGUUGCCUCGUUCAGUCGCCAUUAUCUACUUCCGGACUGCCUCAGGACUUUGUUUGGACGGGUCACUCGGCUCCAGGUUCUGGUCUUGUUUAUCUUGACAGUAUAUCUGACGAUAUGGACAUUCGUCGGUAUCACCUACAAAACAUGGGUUACCCCGGUGAAGAACAUGCCUGGAGUCUACAAUACACGCACUGGCGUAGGUCCGUGGGCGGAUCGAGUUGGCGUGCUCGCCUAUGCCUUGAUGCCAUUUUCAAUACUGUUAUCUUCUCGGGAAUCCCUCCUUUCUCUAACGACGGGCAUUCCAUACCAACAUUUCAACUUCUUGCACCGAUGGCUCGGUUAUAUCAUAUAUGUUCAGUCUGCACUACACACCAUUGGAUGGUGUGUCGUCGAAAUGAGACUAUACCAACCGCAACCGGAGACCGGUCUCGAAUGGAUACAGCAACGAUACAUGAUUUGGGGGGUGGUGGCGAUGUUCUUGUUGACCAUCAUCCUCAUCUCGAGCACGCCAUGGGCCAUUCGACAGACUGGCUAUGAGUUCUUUCGCAAGUCACAUUACGUCGUCGCAAUGCUUUUUGUCGGAGCUUGCUGGGGACACUGGUCAAAGCUCAAUUGUUACCUCAUAUCCUCACUCAUUGUAUGGCUUGUUGACCGCGGCAUACGACUGGCUAGGACGGGCUUGUUGCAUUAUAACUACGUCGAGGGUGGCAGAAUGCGAUUUAGAAGUGUCACAGCUCACAUAUCUCGAUUUUCUGACGACAUCAAUGGUGAUGUGUUGCGUCUCGACUUCGUACAUCCUCAGAGUGCCUGGGCUGUCGGCGCACACUUCUAUCUUUGCUUCCCUGAAGUGAGUAUAUGGCAGGCGCACCCAUUCACGUCCAUCGGCGAAGCUAGUGGCAAGUCCGGGUGUCAGUCCCACACGUAUAUCAUCAGGGCUAAGAAAGGCGCAACCAAAACUCUAGCAACCCUAUCUGCAAACCAGGAAGCAUCCACCAGCGAGGGACAGAAGGACGCCAAUAUGGUGGCCUCGACCACGCCAGUAAUAUUGACCGGUCCCUAUGGAGACUCAAUCACCCGCCACUUGUUGCCGGACACAAACGUUCUUUGCGUCGCAGGCGGCACUGGUGUGACUUUUGUCCUACCGGUACUAUUCGAUGUCAUCCAACAGCCUCCCCAGCCCGAUCGGAAAAUCGAGUUGAUCUGGGCGAUCCGAAGGAAGGACGAUUUGGCAUGGAUCAACGCAGAGUUGAGAGCGUUGCAAGAACGUGGGCGGAGUCACCAUCUGAAAAUUCGCAUCCAUGUCACCAGAGAGACUGGUCAGUCCGAAACCGACACUGAAAUCCUCGACGCGUAUGCAAACGCUCCGCGCACGAAAGGCGCAACAGACAUCACCUCAGCUAGGAUCUCGUCAGAAAAGGCCGGCGCAGUAGACCUUACAGUCCAGCACCCCUCCGAUGUAGAAAGUGCACAAUCGAGGCAUCCCGAUCUCGAUUCCCUCGUCCGCGACUUUGUAGAGACGACAGUGUGCGGAACGACGUCGGUAUUUGCGAGCGGACCUGGCGGCAUGGUGUCGGAACUGCGAAGGAUUGUCGCUGGUUGCAACUCGGGCAAGAAGGUCUGGGAGAGAAAUGAGCGAUACGAUGUGAGACUUGUUUGUGAUGAUCGGCUAGAAUGGUAAUAAGUUGGUCUGGGAUGGUCGCGACAUUUCACUUCAUUGCAGAUGGUUCAAUUAGAGACAGUCUCAAUCGUCAUCCAGAUUAGUCCCUGUGAUCCAAUUUGGUCUGUGACGUGAUGUUGUAACUAAUCCAUCGUGAGCCAAUGAGGAGUAAAUAUGUACGAUAAAUAUUCGCCUCUUCUCUUAUCUCAAUUAGGCAUCCUCGUUUUCUUCUCA